AUGGCGAUCAUUAAUCUUCGUCGACCAACUGAUUCUCCAAUGUGUGUCGUGAAAUUGCGGAACACUGCGAUGCAGUGGCAUGAUCGGCAUGAGUACAUUUCCGCCAUGAGCUUUCUGGAGGAGAGAACGGUUUGGACUGGUCGUCGCCAGAUCGCGCAUGCUUAA